GUUUCAUUUAUGAGAACGCGGAUUUCUUCCCGGUCUUCGCUAUUUCGAGUCUUUGUGGCAGCGGCGUCGGCUUCCAUUGCUCGAUUUCGGGUUACGCACCGUGCCUCAGAGUACUUCUAGCCAGCAGCGUAAGGCAUUUCUAUCCGUGAAGAUGGGCAAGGGUGACAAGCCGCGCGGCCGCAUGUCGGCGUAUGCUUUCUUCGUUCAAACCUGUCGUGAAGAACACAAGAAGAAGCAUCCAGGCGAGAGCGUUGUCUUCAAGGAGUUCUCCAAGAAGUGCGCCGAACGCUGGAAGACCAUGAACGAGGGCGAGAAGAAGCGUUUCCAACAGCUGGCGGACAAAGACAAGAAGCGCUUUGAGUCUGAGAUGGCAGGCUACACGCCGGCAAAGGGAGACAAGGGCAAGAAGCGCAAGAGGACCAAGGACCCCAAUGCCCCCAAGCGUCCCCUCUCAGCCUUUUUCUGGUUCUGUAACGACGAGAGGCCUAAGGUGCGUGAAGAGAACCCCGACAACUCCGUGGGCGAGGUCGCCAAGGAACUGGGCCGUCGGUGGAAUGAUGUCUCUGACGACACCAAGAGCAAGUACGAGGCGCUUGCCGCGAAAGACAAAGCCAGAUACGAGAAGGAGCUGAAGGCUUACAAGGGCAAGAAGAACAAGGGAGCUUCUCCCCCGCCCAAGGAGAGGUCAAAGAAGGCUGAUGAUGAUGAUGAGGACGACGAGGAAGAGCCUGAGGACGAUGCUGAAGAUGGCGAGGAGGAGGAAGAGGACGAAGACGAGGACUGAGCACCCCUUUAAACCGGAAUCCGUCAUCGCUUGGCGCUCUGUUCAUAGUUCGUCUUGUCCGUCGUCCUUAUAUCACGGUUGACUUUGAUUUUGUAACUUUAUUUGUCCGGGGCAGUCAGGUUGAGCUUUGUUUCUAUUAAAAUGAUGAGUGUGCACCUUUGUGGGAUACGGCUGCAUUUCUGCAGGGAAAUGGAUUUGAUGUGUCAGGGAGGGGAGGGGGGUUAAGCGUUGUUGCUGUUGUUUAAGCUGUACAGGAUGAAAUUUUUUGUUUUGCUCAAUUCCUGGAGUGUACAGAUGGGGAGGGGAGUCAUCUUAACCAAAAUUUAAUUUAUAAAGGCUUCUUUGACUGCCGACAGGAUGGUAUAUCCUUUGUGUCCAUUUUUGGCUGACGGGUGCGUCUUUGUACAUAUGAGUCUGAGUUAACUCGGUCCACUGCUGACUGCCCUUGCAGGUGCAGGGAGUGCUGAACAUACUCAUUCUUGUAAACCCUCAUUUUUUCAUUAUAUUGUCUUCACUUCAUUGCCAUUACCGUAACAAUUCAGGACUAGGCCAGUCGUUUUAUGUGACAUCACUCUUCUCUUUGUAUGUGAAGAAGCUAAUAAAAAAUUCACCAUACA